AAGAAGAAGCUGCGCAGUAGGGCAUUGCGCAGCCCACGGCACAGCCCGGUACAUGUUGUGGUUUUGUUUACAUCUGUGUGUUUCCCUGUAAAUGAACGCUUACUCUGGGUAUGUCGAAGGAAUAUACCACAUACUAGUCUUGGCUCGGUAUUCAAGGGCUGGAUGUCAGUUAAUCGCUGUUCAUGAUGACCACUGAGUCUGCCAGCCUGGAGAGCCUGCAUGUGCUGUACCAGAGCGAUGACUACAUCGUGGUGGACAAGCACUGGGACAUCCGCAUCGACAGCAAGAUGUGGUACGAGAAACACACCGUGCAGGCGCAACUUCGCCAUCGCUUCCCUCAGCUGGCAGACCCUAGCACCUACUAUGGAUUCAGGUUCUGUCAUCAGUUGGAUUUCUCCACAAGUGGAGCUCUUUGUGUCGCCCUGAAUAAGGCGGCUGCCGGCCGGGCUUACCGCUGCUUUAAGGACCGCACCGUCACCAAAGCCUACCUCGCUCUGGUACGUGGCUGGGUGGAAAAAGAGACACAAACAUUGGACUUCUCCAUUGGCAAGAACUCCUCAGAGGGAAAAACACACAUGAUGUGUAUCGAGGGAACUGAAGGUUGUGAGAACCCCAAGCCUUGCCAGACUGAGCUGAUGGUGUUGGAGUAUGGGUUGUAUGAUGGAGAGCCUGUCACCAAGGUGCUACUGAAGCCGCUCACUGGCCGAACCCACCAGUUAAGGGUCCACUGCAGCGCAAUAGGCCACCUCAUUGUCGGGGACUUCACCUACAGCUCGGGAGCCGAUGAAGCCCCCUACCGCAUGAUGCUGCACGCCCAUCUCCUCCACAUUCCCCUGGAACCUGAGCCCCUGCACGUCUCCGCUGGAGACCCCUUUCUCCCAACGUCGGAUCCCAAGUGGCUCCCGCAGCGCUCAUUACGGACACUGGAGGCCACUGUGGAGGCGCUGCUGGAGCAGAUUGUGGAGCAGGACAGGAAGACCAAAGAGGAGAAGAGAGAGAGGGUGAGAAGGGACGAGGAGAGGAGGAAAGGACGCCGGGAACAGAGGACUGAGGAGGAGAGUGAGGAGCAGAGGAGGCAGUGUCAGGAGUGGCUCAGUGAAUGGGCUGGAGACUGAUUGUGUUAUUAUAUAUUUUAAUUUAUUUUAGCUAUUUACAUAUGAAGGCCACGUUGAGCAUGCAUGCUCCAUCUCACUGACAACCCGCGUUGCUUUUAAAUGGCGUACAUGGAAGUGAACUAUUGAAGAUUCUCCACCUUUUAUGUGGAUGUCCAAUCAGUGCUGAUGGUAAAUGUAAUCCACUGAAGAAAUAAAUUCCCAAGUGCGUGCUUUAUUGACCGAGAAAGCUGAUUUCUCCUGCUGCAGAUGUAGCCGGAUGCAUUGCGUACAAGCGGCGAGUACGCUACAUUACACAAGCUCUCUUUUAGUCUGAUAAAUAAACAGAAUAAACUCCCAAAAUGUCAAUAAAGGAAAUAUUGUUACACCUAAACAGAAAAAUACAACCGUACAACUUCUGUUCUGUAAGUUCUUUCUUACCACCAAGCACGUCACUUUCACAUCACUGGAUACAGGAAGAACAACAGAUUGGGUAGCAGGAGAACUCCGCUUCCUUGGUCGAUAUAGCAAAACACUGAGGAUCUUUUUGCUUCAAUGGACUACAUUUACUAUCAACACUGACUGGACAGCCACAUAAAAAGUGCCAAAUGUUCCCUUUAAUUCCCUCACAAACCAGUUACAAACAUGUAUGUGUUAGAAAAGCCGUGUGAGCAUGUGAACUGCUGCUUUCUUAAACAAUUCAAGCAACUGGGACCUGCCCACUAUAACCAGUCUUGUACAGUGAGCCACCGCAGUAGCUGAGAAAUAAGUGCCUUGCUCAAGUUUCAUGUUGAUAAGUGAGGGGUUGGGUUGGUGCCAUACAUUUUUCUAACACACAUUCCCUCCUUCAAAAAUGUUAGAAUUUUAAAUUUGUGAUUUUUUGUCACAUGUCUGUGCUAUAUACUGUAGAAACAGAUGACUGAUAGGGGAGCCAGAGCAGCAGGAAUUGUCCAAAUGUUGGUAAGAUCAUGUGUUGUCAUAUACGCUGCAUGCCUGUAACAUACAUGGAGUCCCAUGUAAAAGCAUAUACCCUACUACA